AUGUGUGACUAUUGUAAUGGUUAUUCAAUGGGAGUGUACGAUCUAAUGGAGAAGCUUAAUAAUACCACCGAGCACAUAAGUGUUUCCUCCACAAACUCAAAUACCAAAGCUCGAAUAUCGGAAAAACAAAAAAAUGUUGGUAAGGUGACGAAAAUGGGCUUGAAACUUAUAAUUUGGGGAUGUAAUGUCGCAGCUGAUUCAGGUCAAACGGACGGGGAUCGAAAUACUGCCAAGCAUCUUUCAGAGUAG